CAGAAAUUAUAACCCUUUGGCGCCCUUUAAAAGACCAUCCCACUCACCUCUCACUCUCAGUCACUCUACUAUCAACUACUCACUGGAAACCAUAUAUUUCCCUCUGUGCUACACAAACUUAUUGCUGUAAAACACAGUUGCUAGCCUGAGGUUUUAAGCUAGGGUUCAAGGGCAUCAAUUGUUCAUAAAGUAGAGACCAGCCCAAGGCUGCAGACAAGUUCUUUUCUUCUGCAUCAUGUAACAUAGAGGCUUCAAAAUCUUUGCUUGUCUAUACACUGAGGUCCCUGUAGUCUGUAGUGUAGCCUGUGCAAGGGUCUACUCUUUCAUACAUUUAUAUUUGUUUCUGUUAAAGGAACAAAUUUGGCUCUGAAGAAUAUUUGCUAGACUGGACUUUUGUAGAAGAUAGAAUUUUUUGGCUGGUUGUUAUUAUUAUAUCUGCACUCUUCUUGGCUUCAUUAUUUAUCUGCAGCCAACUACAAGUUCUCAGUUGAUUUAAGCAAAAAGAUAAGUGCUUAGAUUUUCUUAUAUCAUUAGAAUAUCUAACAAAAGAGUUCUUGAAACCAAAAUAAGUCAAAAAAAGAAGAAACUAAGAUGAACUCUAGUAACAGUAAUAGUGGUGCUCCAAACUGGCUAGGUUUCUCCCUAUCACCUCAUCUGAAGACUGAGGAUCAUUAUCAACCUGCUGCUGCAGCUCAUAAUGUUGCUGCAAGCCUCUACAUCUCAGCAUCUUCUAAUGGUAUGGUGUCAAGUUCUUCCCCAAGAUUGGAGAAUUUCUUAGGAGGAGGGCAUCAUCAAUAUGAAAGUGGUAUAGAAAAGUAUCACUCUCUUGACAUUAUUCAGCAGCCCUUUAGUACACAAGAAGAGAUGCAAUACCUUUCUGGCCUAACUAGCCAGAAUAUAAUGUAUCAAACCUUGCCACAAGGAGAACACAGAGAAGAAGGCCAGGUUGGGGACUGGAUUCUGGGCCAGCAUAUGAUUUCCUCUGGCCUGAUUGUUGAUGUUGGUUCUGGUUCUGUUGGGUCAAUGGGCUGUGGGGAUUUACAGUCUUUGAGCUUGUCUAUGAGCCCUGGCUCUCAGUCAAGCUGUGUGACAGCAUCAAGGCAGAUCUCACCCACUGGCACUGUGUGUUUGGCCAUGGAGACAAAGAAGAGAGGAUCUGAAAAGAUGGGUACCAAGCAGCCCUCUCAUAGAAAGUCAUUGGAUGCAUUUGGGCAGAGAACAUCUCAGUAUAGAGGUGUCACAAGGCAUAGAUGGACUGGUAGAUAUGAAGCACAUUUGUGGGACAAUAGUUGCAAGAAAGAGGGGCAAACAAGGAAAGGAAGGCAAGUAUAUCUUGGGGGUUAUGAUAUGGAAGAGAAAGCCGCAAGAGCCUAUGAUUGCGCGGCUCUUAAGUAUUGGGGAGUUGCGACACAUAUAAAUUUCCAGUUGGAAAAUUACCAGCAGCAGCUCGAGGAAAUGAAAAAUAUGACCCGUCAGGAAUACGUUGCCCAUCUAAGAAGGAGAAGUAGCGGUUUCUCCAGGGGAGCGUCGAUGUACAGAGGGGUGACAAGGCAUCAUCAGCAUGGAAGAUGGCAAGCUAGGAUUGGCCGCGUUGCAGGAAACAAAGAUCUUUAUCUCGGGACAUUCAGUACCCAAGAAGAAGCUGCAGAAGCUUAUGACAUAGCUGCAAUCAAAUUCCGCGGGGUGAAUGCUGUAACAAACUUUGACAUAACACGAUACGAUGUGGAGAAAAUUAUGGCAAGCAAUACUUUGCUUGCUGGAGAGCUUGCUAGGCGUAACAAAGACAGAGAGGCCACCAAUGACGCGAUCACUACAUUUGUUAGCCCGAUGAAAACUAAUAAUGAGGAAGGUAUCCAACAGGGGCAAAAUCCAAGCGUUUUGGAUUGGAAAGUGAUGCAGCAAAAACAAAAUGCUGCUGGACAGCAUUACAAGGACUCCGCUUUCUCAAUGGCCUUACAGAACCUGAUUGGCAGUGAGACGAACUCGAGUCAACUAACAGUCAAUCAAGCAACUAAGAUCAACAACCACCAUUUGUCGAACCCUUCUUCUUUGGUCACAAGCUUAAGUAGUUCCAGAGAAGGGAGUCCUGAGAAAUCAGGCGCCGCGGUGAUACCCUUUGCGACGCCAUCCAUCUAUAGUUCUUGGAUCACUUCUUCUCAAUCAAGAGCAGCUCAAAUUUCUGCAGCUCACUUGCCAGUUUUUGCUGCUUGGAAUAGCUCUUAGAGGGUUUUGUCGCUUGUUGCAUGUGAAGGUUUUGCAUGAGGCAGAAAAAAGAGAAAAUUGAAAGAAAUGUUUGGUACGAUUUUGGAGGAUGAUUAGUCCUAGUGGAAGACAUGCUGGGGCCGGUUAAUAUGUAAACCAUGUGAUUGGGAACUUGUCAACUAAUCACCUUUGUUGAAAUCAAAUUUUGCAAAAUUGGAGGGAAUGAUUUCAUGGGGACCUUUUUUUAA